AGUAAUCUUUGUUAUUUGUUUGCUACUUUCUGUUUGAUAAUCUGUAGUCAUUGCUCAGGACAGUGGGAAAUUAGGUCCUAAAAACUGCGGUGAACAUUUGGAACAAGCCAAAAAUGAGUUUCCGGUAUGUAAAUGUGGAUACGACAUGUUGGAUGCUGGCUUUUUCAAUGACUGUAAGAAGCUUGAAAUACAAAAGGGCGUAAAAGAUUUUAACAUUCCUAUAAUAAGAUCGAACCGGAAGUUAGUUGCUACUGAGAAUGGAGGUUUGCGUGACCCGUCUCCUUUAGUUUUCAAUUCUGUGUGGAAAUCCCAAGAAGCAAAGCGAGUAAUGGACAAGUUCAAUUACCCUGUAUGCUCAGGCAUUCAAAGGCCGAAAAAUUAUGAGGAUAUUGCUUUCAUGAGUGUUCUUGAACUCGGGCAACUUCUCAAGGCAAAACUGAUUACAUCCGAGGAACUCACUCAAAUUUUUCUGAACAGAUUAAAAAGGUACAGCCAUGUCCUUGAAUCUGUUAUCACAAUAACUGAAGAAUUAGCAUUUCAACAAGCAAAAGAGGCUGAUCAAGUGCUUGCAAAAGACAAAUAUUUGGGUCCUCUUCAUGGGAUACCGUAUGGUCUAAAGGACAUUAUUGCAGUACCAGACUAUCCCACAACGUGGGGUUCCAAAUCUUUCAAAGAUCAAGUUAUUGAUGGUGAAGCUUGGGUUUAUAAGAGGCUGAAAUCUGCUGGUGCAGUUCUUGUUGCAAAAUUAGUCUCUGGUUCUUUAGGUUAUGACGAUAUCUGGUUCGGUGGUAGAACAAGAAACCCCUGGAAUAUCGAAGAAUUUUCUACUGGUUCAUCAGCAGGGCCAGCUUCCAGCACCUCAGCAGGUCUAGUUCCAUUUGCAAUUGGUUCAGAAACUGUUGGGUCUAUUACCUACCCAGCUACUAGGUGUGGUGUUACUGCAUUGCGGCCCACUUUUGGAGCUGUUGGUCGUACUGGAGUUAUGAGCAUAUCGGAAAGCUUGGAUAAACUAGGCCCUCUCUGCAGGAGUGCUGCAGAUUGUGCGGUUGUUCUCGAUGCCAUCCGGGGAAAGGAUCCAGAUGAUCUUUCAUCCAGGGACAUCAUGUUAGGUGAUCCAUUUUCAGUUGACAUUACAAAACUCACUGUUGGGUAUCUUGAAGACGCUGACAAGGAAGUUGUUGGUGUACUUAAAUCAAAGGGAGUGAAUGUGGUUCCAUUUAAUCUGGAUUACACUGUUGAUAGUGCUCAAGGUAUUGUUAGCUUCACUAUGGAUGUUGACAUGCUAGCUCAUUUUGACGAGUGGCAGCGCUCGAACCAGGAUGAUGAAUUUGAAGCUCAAGACCAAUGGCCUCUUGAACUUCGUCGUGCCCGCGUAAUAUCUGCUGUAGACUAUAUUCAGGCACAGAGAGGUCGAAGCAAAUUGAUUCAGGAAGUGAAAGAGAACUUCACAGUUGAUGCAUUUAUUGGAGGUUCGGGUGACUGGGAGAAAAUUUGUGUGGGCAAUCUUGUGGGUAUGCCAGUAGUGGUGAUUCCAACAGGUUUUAAGACGAUAUCCAAUGCACCGUCUGAUGAUACUCGCAGGAAGACAACAAUAACUACUGGCAUUUAUGCUCCUCCUGACCAUGAUCAUGUUGCUUUAGCAUUGGCAAUAGCGUAUCAGUCAGUGACCAACCAUCAUAAGCAGCGCCCUCCAAUUGACGACAUUGGACCAAAUGAUUCAAUUCCAAACCCACCCACUUCCGCUGUACCCGCAAGACAACUACGUGAUUACUAAUCUCUCAAGGGUGUUCAAUGUCACUCUGUGUUGUCCUUUUAACUUGUUAUUAUAGAUGUAUACCACUAGUUGUAGUAGUUAAAGCUGUGUUGAAUCAUCUUCGCUUAGUGACAAAAGGAAGAAAAUACUUCUCUCUCUUUUUGUUUAUGCUAAAGGAGACCACCAUUCGGGGGCUUCUUUUUUGGUA